CAGGGCGCCCGAGGAUGGAGGACUCCCAGGAGACGUCGCCGUCCUCCAACAACUCCUCGCAAGAGCUCAGCUCUGCCCUGCAGCUGUCCAAAGGCAUGUCCAUCUUCCUCGACAUACUGAGGAGAGCAGACAAAAAUGAUGAUGGAAAAUUGUCCUUUGAAGAAUUCAAAGCGUAUUUUGCAGACGGUGUUCUGAGUGGAGAAGAAUUACGUGAGCUCUUCCAUACCAUUGAUACACAUAAUACCAACAAUCUUGACACAGAAGAACUAUGUGAAUAUUUUUCUCAGCACUUGGGCGAGUAUGAGAAUGUGCUAGCGGCACUUGAAGACCUAAAUCUUUCCAUCCUGAAGGCAAUGGGCAAGACAAAAAAAGACUACCAAGAGGCCUCCAAUUUGGAGCAAUUUGUAACUCGAUUUUUAUUGAAGGAGACCUUGAAUCAGCUACAGUCUCUCCAGAAUUCUCUGGAAUGUGCUAUGGAAACUACUGAGGAGCAAACCCGUCAAGAAAGGCAAGGGCCAACCAAGCCGGAAGUCCUGUCAAUCCAGUGGCCUGGAAAACGGUCAAGUCGCCGCGUCCAGAGACACAACAGCUUCUCCCCCAACAGCCCUCAGUUCACUGUAAGCGCUCCAGGGUUGUUAGAAGAAGAUAAUCAGUGGAUGACCCAGAUAAACAGACUCCAGAAACUAAUUGAUAGACUGGAAAAGAAGGAUCUCAAACUUGAACCUCUGGAAGAAGAAGUUAUUGAAGGGAAUACUAAAUCUCACAUCAUGCUUGUGCAGCGUCAGAUGUCUGUGGUAGAAGAGGACUUGGAGGAAUUCCAGCUUGCUCUGAGACACUACGUGGAGAGUGCUUCCUCCCAAAGUGGGUGCUUGCGUAUUUCUAUACAGAAGCUUUCAAAUGAAUCUCGCUAUAUGAUUUAUGAGUUCUGGGAGAAUAGUAGUGUGUGGAAUAGCCACCUUCAGACGAAUUAUAGCAAGACAUUUCAAAGAAGUAACGUGGAUUUCUUGGAAACUCCAGAACUCACAUCCACUAUGCUAGUUCCUGCUUCAUGGUGGAUCCUGAACAACAACUAGAUGUUCCUAGACAUUUUCUUUAGGGUUCCAAGUGCAAAACAAGCGUUAUCUAAAAUGUGAAUUAGAAAAUUCUCCAUAGUUAUUCAUCUACUCAAUACUUUUAAUAUAUUUACUCUAAGAUGUGCACUCUUCUAAUAUGUCUUCUGUAACUUUACCUUUCAAGUGAAUUUUAGCUCAAUUUUCAAAGUUCACUAUUAUUCUCAAUGUUUGCUGCUGUUUUGCUACAUUGUAACCUAAAACCCUUUAGUCACAAAAUCCUAGUAUGUGAAAAAAGUAUGCACAUAAAGGAACAAAAUUGUGAAAAAAAAUUAUAAAGAAAAAUU